CACCACCCACGGUCUACCGGCUGCACUCUGUGAUUAGUCAGUGAGAUGUCGUCACCAGCAAUGAGUUUUUUUUUUUUUUCUUCGUAAAUGGAUGAGGUUGUCCCGGUUAAUACACAGUUCAACAGAGGCCAAAAGAUUGGAACAACUUGUGAAUACUCGUUAGUUUCGACUUUUGUGGGACGUUACGAAUGCUUGGCAGUUUGAGUGCUGCAGAGACAGUGCUUCCACUGGCCAAGAAGAGGGUUACUUUUACCAAGGACUGGGUUUUCCUUUUCUCAGCAGUUUAUUUUCUCUUGAUUCAACUGGAACCAUAUGUCUUAUUUUGUCUCGCAAUGGAUUAUAUUUAUUUAAUGCUGUCUUAUCUUGUCAGUUUGAUAUUUUUGGAUUCCUGGGUGCAUUCAGCAAAAACUGAAGCAAACCUCUCUGGAAAGCUAACUGAAUAUGGGCUAAUUGUGCCUUUUAGUACAGAUUCCCACGGUCGGUAUAUUUCUCACGUGCUUUCAGCAACUGGAAGAAAUGAAGGUGGUUCAUCUUCUGGGCGGAGGAGGGUGGCACGGAGCGCCCAGGACCCUUUCAAAUUCACCUCAUCAGGCCAGCAUUUGUUUUUCAAUGUCACAGUAUUUGGAAAGGAAUUGCACUUACGCCUGAAGGCCAAUAGUAAGCUGGUAGCCCCUGGUGCCUUUGUGGAAUGGCAAGAGGAUUUUCAGGAAAUUUCCAAGGAACCUAUCCAUGGGGACUGUGCUUUUAAUGGGGAUGUAACUGACAUGCCAGGGACUACUGUGGCAAUAAGCAACUGCGAUGGACUGGCAGGGAUGAUUCGCACUGAUAAUGGGGAGUUUUUCAUUGAGCCCCUAGAAAAAGGGCAACAGGAAGUGGAAGAAAAGGGGCGUGUUCAUGUGGUGUACCGCAGGUCCGCCAUCAAAAGGGAACCAUUGGAAACAAGGGAGGACCUCCACAAUGAAGUUCCUGACUUUGGCGUAGGACAGCUGCAGAACUCUCUGGACAAGAUAGAGCAUCAAUUGAUCCAGUCAGAUCGCAAAAGGAGACAUGCCAAAAAAGACGACUACAAUAUCGAGGUGCUGCUAGCGGUGGACGAUUCGGUAGUGCGAUUCCAUGGGAAGGAACAUGUGCAAAACUAUGUCCUAACGCUCAUGAAUAUAGUGGAUGAAAUUUACCAUGAUGAGUCCUUGGGAACCCAUAUCAACAUUGUGCUUGUCCGUAUGAUUAUGGUGGGAUAUCGCCAGUCUAUCAGCCUGAUUGAACAAGGGAACCCUUCGCGAAGCCUUGAACAGGUCUGCCGAUGGGCUCAUUCACAGCAGCGCUCUGAGCCCGACCAUGCAGAAUACCAUGACCACGCCAUAUUCCUGACAAGGCAAGAUUUUGGUCCCGCAGGUAUGCAAGGUUACGCUCCUGUGACAGGCAUGUGUCAUCCGUUAAGAAGCUGCACACUCAACCAUGAAGACGGCUUCUCCUCUGCGUUCGUAGUGGCCCAUGAGACUGGCCAUGUGUUAGGUAUGGAACAUGAUGGUCAGGGGAAUCGCUGUGCUGAUGAAACCAGCAUGGGCAGCAUAAUGGCACCACUGGUACAGGCCGCCUUCCAUCGCUAUCACUGGUCACGCUGCAGCAAACAGGAGCUGAACAGAUACAUACAUUCUUAUGACUGCCUGCUGGAUGAUCCCUUUGAACACAAAUGGCCCAAGCUUCCAGAGCUCCCGGGAAUAAACUACUCAAUGGACGAACAGUGUCGCUUUGAUUUUGGCGUGGGAUACAAAAUGUGCACUGCUUUUCGAACAUUUGACCCUUGUAAGCAGCUUUGGUGCAGUCACCCUGAUAAUCAGUAUUUCUGCAAAACUAAGAAGGGUCCCCCUCUCGAUGGGACAGAAUGUGCACCAGCAAAGUGGUGCUUUAAGGGUCACUGCAUAUGGAAGACUGCAGACCAGCCAUACAGCCAGGAUGGAAACUGGGGCUCCUGGAAUAAAUUUGGGUCUUGCUCCAGGACCUGUGGUGGAGGAAUACGUUCCCGCAGCAGACAGUGUAACAACCCACCCCCCGCAUAUGGAGGACGUGACUGCCAUGGAUCCACAUUUGAAUACCAAAUAUGUAAUACUGAAGAAUGUCGUGGCCCAUAUGAAGAUUUCAGAGCCCAGCAGUGCUCACAACGAAGCUCCCAUUACCACCAGAACAAAAAACAUACCUGGCUUCCAUAUGAACACCCAGAUGAGGCCCAGAAGUGUGAGCUGAUUUGCCAGUCUAAAGAAACAGGAGAUGUGGUGUUCAUGAAUCAGGUGAUCCAUGAUGGGACACGGUGCAGUUACAAAGACCCUUUUAGCGUCUGUGCCCGAGGCGAGUGCAUGCAUGUGGGAUGUGACAAGGAGAUUGACUCCUUUAAACAGGAAGAUAAGUGUGGUGUGUGCGGUGGGGACAACUCACAUUGUCGGACAGUCAAAGGGACAUUUGUCAAGACUCCCAAAAGACCAGCAGGCAUGCUGAAAAUGUUUGACAUACCAGCAGGAGCGAGGCAUAUUCUUAUAGAGGAGACUGAGACAUCACCUCAUGUUAUUGCUGUUAAAAAUCAAGCAACAGGUAAUUUCAUACUGAAUGCAAAAAUUGAGGAUGCCAAGCCCAAAACAUUUGUUGACAGUGGUUUGGAGUGGGAGUACACCAUUGAAGAUGGCAAGGAAACCUUGAAAACUAACGGCCCCCUGCAUGACAGCAUUAUCGUUUUGGCAAUUCCUCAAGAUGAUGACUCCAAAACCAGCCUAAUGUAUAAGUACAUUAUCCAUGAAGAUCUACUGCCGGUUAUUGGAAACAACAAUGUCCUUUUGGAAGAGAUGGACACAUAUGAGUGGGCCUUGAAGAGCUGGUCACCGUGUUCAAAACCCUGUGGGGGAGGUAUACAGUAUACAAAGUAUGGCUGUAGGAGAAAGAGUGACAACAGGAUGGUGCACAGAAACUUCUGCGACACCAACAAGAAACCCAAGCCAAUCAGAAGACGCUGUAACCUCAAUGAAUGUAGCCAGCCAACGUGGGUGGCAGAAGACUGGGGCUCUUGUAGCAAGGUAUGUGGGAAACUUGGAUUCCAGUCAAGGGUGGUGCAAUGCCUUCAGUCCCUUCAAAAUGGCACUAACAGGACAGUCCACACCAAAUACUGCACUGGGGAGCGGCCAGAGAGCCGGAGACCCUGUAACCGUUCACCAUGUCCAGCACAAUGGCGAACAGGAGCCUGGUCUCAGUGCUCUGUGAGUUGCGGAGAAGGAAUUCAACAACGACAGGUAGUGUGCCGAGCUACGGACAACAGCAUUGGCCACUGUGAGAGUGGCAAGCCAGAAACGGUACUGAUUUGUAAAUUGGAACCCUGCCCAGGAAAAUCCAUGUUACCUUUGCCAAGCACAGAAACUGUUGGACAUGUGACCCCCAAAGUUCAGUGGGUAUCCCAGAUGAUUCCAGAAAGUCCUGUUAAUAAAAUCUCUACUAAUGAGCCCUGCCUUGGUGAUAAAUCCAUAUUCUGUCAGAUGGAAGUCUUAGCCCGCUAUUGCUCCAUCCCUGGCUACAACAAGCUGUGCUGCGAGUCCUGUAAUAAGAAGAUAGCUACUACAACACCACUGCCAAACCUUGAGAAAACUGAUUCGCUGGCCAUCCGGGCCAGUCCCAUUCCCAUCCCAGACAUGGUAGUCAAGCCAACUGCCCAAAACCAACCUCAAAUGACCAACGGAGCUGCUAUAACAGUGAUGAAUACAUCGGCACCACUUCAAGCCUUGACUGUCAAUGCAUCAGACCUCAGGGCUGCUGGCACCUCAAUUUUGAGCUCCACGGUUCAGUCUCAGGGUACUGCCAGCAGCUCCACAGCUGUAGACAGUGAAAGCUUUGGAAACCUAUUUAGCCUACCUCCUGGCCAAAAAUCAGUGGGGACAAGCACUGUAGGUGCUCUGGAUACCAUGACCUCAAAAAGGCUUGCAUUAGACUCCAAUAAGACUAUCCAUAGCACUACUAGUAAAAGCAGCACUUUAGGUUCCUCAGGUGUGACCAGGUCAAGAAGAGAUGAUUAUGGAUCUGAGACAGACUUGACACACCAAACCUCACCUGUAGUUACAUGAAUUGUGACUUCAUCUGUGAACAUGCACAUUUAAUAUUGAAGCUGACAUCAACAUACCUGUUUUUUUUUUGUUUUAACUGUGACUCUGAGGCACUUUUUUUAACCAGUUGCUGCAAGUAAAUGAUUUCUGUGCAAGUGAAUUUUGACCAGCGAUGGUUACCUCAAAGUUGACAGAAAUUAUUCAAUGUUUCACUUACAAGUAGUGUAUUACACAACACUCCAUGCUUUAUGAAACAAAACAAAAAAUGGACUUAAUCAGGGCUCCAGACUGUGACUAAAUUAGUCAGCAAUGCGACUUAAAAAUAUUUUCGGCGACAGUAUUUUUUAUGUUAGGCGCCAAAAAAAUUGAAAACCCCAACAAGCAGAGCCGUGUUUUUUUUUCACUCAUUACGCUCAUACGUAAUACGUAAAUACACCAAUGUAUUUUAACGUGCAGUGCAUGUGUGAGAGACGAGAAUUUGUUGAUGAUGAUUCUAUUGCGUGACAGCUUAUAGACGAUUCAGACGAUGAACCGGCGGAAAGUGCACCUUCACAGCAAAAAAAGCAAGUGCUUCAAGAAUUUCCCUGGUUACGUUAAAACAUGUAUUGUGAGUUCAAAGAUGACCACCAAAACAUUACGUAAGGGAUAUGCCUGCCUAUUGGUAGGUAUUUUCUGAGCUCUCUAUACCAAAGCUGCCGAUAGGCCCCUACCUGGGAUGACGCCCUCGGUCCCGCCUACCGAGAGAUUAAAACCGUCAUUUCAUGGAAACCAUUUCUCUUUUUGCCCCUCAAGAUGGUAAGGUAAGACCCUCUGUGUUGGUAUCUGAGUGUUUUUUGAAAAAGAGCUUGAGUCUACUGCAGUUCCCUUGCCUUUAAGGAUGAAAGCUGGAUUGCCGCUUUCACGGAAUCAGUGACUUCUGAUUCAGCCUUUCUUCUAUCUUUCCUCAGCAACCUUACCCCCGCUAUUAAGCGACUCUGCUGGCUGCUGUUAGCAGUUAAAUAUGUAUAACAUAUAUAUAUAUAUAUAUAUAUAUUGGGAGCCCAGGCUGAGCCGGAGCCACAGACCUUGAUGGCAGAGGAGGACACGCUAUCCUUAGCGGCCUCCUUCUUCAUGGAGAUGGUUGAAGGAGAGGAGCCGGCGCCUCCUUUCAAGUAUGCUGCUCCAGAUCUCCGGUCUUCAAGGAGAAGCCCUAGGCCGGAGCCUGGCAAGCCUGGUGGUGGCUCACAGACAGCUAUGGCUGUCGCAAGCAAGGGUACCCAACGGAUAAGGCAGCAUUGCUGGACGCACUGAUAUCCCCGGGACAUACAUUCAGGCCGGCUGUGGAGGAGAUUUUACAGUGCUCCCUUCGAGAGCAUGAAGCAUCUCGGCAGGUGGCUUCGCUGCUCCCUCAUCAUGCUGCGACGCGGGGUAGGU